AUGGAGCACCGACACACACUCGUCCAGUCGACAGCCCUGGCCGUCCUCGUUCGCGCACGUUACCAGCACCAGGAUUGGUUUGAUGACAACGCCGCCGCCAUCGGCAACCUCCUCGCCGAGAAGGACCGCCUGCACAAAGCCUACGUCAACCGCCCCACCGACGACAACAAAGCAGCCGUCUUCCGUAGUCGCCACCUUGUGCAACAGCGGCUGCAGGAGAUGCAGGACUCUUGGACGGCUCGCAAGGCCGAGAAGAUCCAAAGGUAUGCGACCGCAACGAAUGGAAAAACUUCUUCGCCGCGAUCAAAUCUGUCUACAACCCACAUACCAAAGGAACUAUUCCUCUUCUCAGCGCCGACGGGGGUAUCCUCCUCACCGAGGAGACACAAAUUCUACAGCGAUGGGCCGAGCACUUCAAAGGUGUCCUCAACUGCCCGUCCACCAUCUCCGAUGCCGCCAUCGCCCGUCUGCCUCAAGUGGAGACCAACGCAGACCCCGACAUCCCGUCCUUUCUCCAUGAAAUCAUCAAGGAUGUGCAGCAGCUCUCCAGCGGAAAAGCGCCCGGAUUGAACGCGAUUCCUACUGAGAUCUAA